CAACCCUCGCCACCUCCCCAAAACACCCCCACUCGUUCUCUUCCUGCUUUACCCCCGCUACCCUCACUCUGUAUACUUUGUGUAUUUUUUUUCUCCCUUCCGUUGUACCCAACAAACUAUUCUCUCUUCUCUUCCUAUCAUGGAGUUGUCUGGCAAUAAGAGAAGCCGGGAGGAGUCCGUGGAAUCGGCAGAGGCCAAGCGCCUCCAUGCCGACCUAAUCUUUGACAUCCUCGACGACGACUCCGACGCGGAAGAACGGGAUCCGGCCACCCAAGACCUGGCCUCGGUGAUGAAAAUAUUCGAAGAGGAGAUCUCCGUCCCGCCACCUCCGCAGCCACCGGCGGCGCCAGACGCUGCGGAUCCGGCCUUGCCGGCUGCACAUUUUGAUCUUGAGUACCUCCUCGAGGCUACCGAUGACGAGCUUGGCCUCCCCCCGAGUGUCCCGUCGUCCUCGGACGAGAGACGUGACACUGGGGAGGUGGAUCCCCCCAGCGGCGAGGUGGUGACGGAGGCCGUCGGGUUCGGGCAGAUCUGGGCGUUCGACGAUGCGAUUAGUGGUUGCUUUGAUGGGCUGGAGUAUGGGGUCCGGCAGCAGGAUGAGAGGGACGCCGCGGUGGCGGCGGCCGACGAGGCCGUGUUUUUUGAUGGCGGGCUUUUUGACUACCCGGACGUGCUCUGUGGGCCGUCUGAUUUUACCGAUAUAUCGUGGCGGUCGGAAUCUCUGCCGGCCAUCUGAUGGGGCUUUCCAGUGGCCCUCUUGUUAGCUACUUCUAAUUUUAUUUUAUUUUAUUUUUCUUUUAGAACAGGAGUUUGUAAAGGUUAGAAAAAUGGAACAGAAGGAAACGAAAUGCAGAAGAAAAAAAUGGUUCAGAUGUCAACAUGUUCUUCCGAUAAUAUUUCUGGGUGAAGCGUU